CCUCCUGUAUGCUAUUAUGCUAUAUUAUGUAUGUACCAUGUACCUAUCAUACCGGAUACCGGAUUCAACGAUCGCAGAACAGUGCAGAACUGUGUGAAACGUGGAUGAUAACAUAUUGCAUCUUAUUGCAUUUAUAUCGGACAAGUUUGCAGUAAAAAGAACUAUUCUUUAAAAUUGUUCCAAUAACCUUGGGUGUAAUUACCUGCCAACGAAAGAAUACAGUAUAUUCAGCUAUAUACAUACUUGGAAGUAAAUUAGAAGUCGAUAUGUCUGAUAAAAAAGUAUCAUCAUCAAUAGGUAUUUAUACAUCGGAAAAGAAUGGUAGUGACGAGACAGGAGAUGGUUCGGACAAAAACCCUUUUAAAACUAUCCUAAGAGCCAUGCGUCAUGCUGGUAAGGAACCCUUUCCAGUUAUCUACCAGGAUUCUCGUGAAGAUGGCAAAAAGUAUGAACCAGCAUCUAAAACUCAAUUAAAGAAGAUACAAAAGAUUUGGGUUAGAGAACAAUAUAAGAAUGAAGAAAAGGAGAAGAAAUUACUGGAGGAUGAGGAAAAGAGGUUAAAAAAUCUUGAAGAGGCUAAGGCAAUUGUCAUAGAAGAGGACAAAUCUCUAUCGAAAGCAAAACAAAUUAAAAUAAAAGAAGCUCUGAAUCAUAGAGAUCAAAGAGUUAAGCUGCUUGGAUGGGUGCAUAGACUAAGAAGGCAAGGCAAAGCUCUCAUGUUCAUCACAUUGCGAGAUGGGACAGGUUUUCUACAAUGUGUACUGAACAAUAAACUUUGUCAAACAUAUAACGCCUUGACUCUUGCCACGGAAGCUGCUGUUCAAUUGUUUGGAAUCUUGAAAGUUGUCCCUGAAGGAAAGAAUGCACCUGGUGGGCAUGAAUUGCACGUUGAUUAUUGGGAACUUAUUGGUCCGUCGCCUCCUGGUGGGGCUGAUUCAAUUCUGAAUGAAGAAGCUCUGCCUGAUGUACAAUUGGACAACAGGCAUAUAAUGAUUCGAGGGGAAAAUACAUCAAGAAUCUUAAUCAUGAGAUCUAUAUUAAUUCAAGCAUUUAGAGAUCAUUACAAAGAUCGCGGUUAUUGUGAGGUAACUCCACCAACUUUAGUGCAAACUCAAGUGGAAGGUGGUUCAACUCUCUUCAAAUUAGAUUACUUCGGAGAAAACGCUUUUCUUACUCAGAGUUCUCAACUAUAUCUUGAAACUUGUAUUCCAGCAAUGGGAGAUGUAUAUUGCAUCGCACAAUCUUAUCGAGCAGAGCAAUCGAGAACACGUCGCCACCUUGCCGAAUACACGCACAUUGAAGCAGAAUGCCCGUUUAUCACGUUCGACGAUCUACUCGAUCGAUUAGAAGACUUAAUUUGCGAUGUAGUCGAACGAGUUCUACAGUCACCGCUCGGUCAUCUUGUCCAGGAAUUGAAUCCCGGGUUUCAAAUGCCCAAGAGGCCUUUCAAGCGAAUGAACUACAGCGACGCGAUCGAAUAUCUGAGAGAAAACAAUAUCACGAAAGAAGACGGCAGCUUCUACGAGUUUGGUGAAGACAUUCCAGAGAUGCCGGAGAGAAAAAUGACUGACGCUAUCAAUGAGCCGAUACUGCUUUGCCGUUUCCCCGCUGAAAUUAAAUCGUUUUAUAUGCCGCGUUGCGCGGAAGAUGAACGCUUAACCGAAUCCGUCGAUGUACUUUUGCCGAACGUGGGCGAAAUUGUUGGCGGUUCGAUGCGUAUCUGGAAUUAUGAAGAGUUGAUGGAGGGUUAUAAACGUGAAAAUAUCGAUCCGACUCCGUAUUAUUGGUACACGGACCAGCGAAAAUAUGGAUCUUGUCCCCAUGGUGGUUAUGGACUGGGAUUAGAACGGUUUCUGUGCUGGCUGUUGAAUAGGUAUCACAUCCGUGAAGUAUGCUUAUACCCGCGUUUCCUGGAACGUUGUCGUCCAUAAAAACAUUUCACGGGAAUAUGGAUCUUUAUAUCAAUGGCACAUUUGAAGAGCGAUAUAUUUCACUCUUUAUACCGUUACAAUAAAAUGUAAUACUGCAUUAUAUUAAAAAGGGCUAUGCAUUACAA